AUGGCCCAAGUCUACCCAAUUAAGAAAGGGAGCCAGGAAUUGUGGAUAAAAAAUAAGAAAAGAGAAGUGUUUAGCCGUACCAAGCAGGCACUUCUGCCGCCGACUCCCGCCAGGUUGGUUGGCUACCUGUCCAUUCGGGGGUGGGUAUAUAGGGUGCCCAAGGACUCCGGUCUAAGGGCGGCCUUCUUCGUUUCCCGAGUCAAAGACUGGAAUUCCUGGAUGGAGAAUCUGCCUCAAUACAACGUGAGCUACUAUGCCCAAUGGGGACUUCCCCUGCUCUAUCAAAGAGGUUUUCCACUAGCACACGACCAACUAUCUUUUCAGACUGUAUCGCCGUUUAUCUUCCUCCGGCCACGAAAGGGAUUUUUGCUUUUGGUGAAAAGAGUAUUCCUUGGAAGCAGUAUCGUAACUGCUCUAUUGCGACGACAGAGAAGAGAGGUAUUUUGGUGUCCCCACGACUUAUAUACGUUACGAAUUAAGUAG